GUUGUGCAAAGUGUUGAAUUUUGGAGCGAGAAGCGGGCAAGUUCAAGAUGGAUAAGGUUUGCCUCUAUGGGGUUUAACAAAGGGUGCAGAGAUGCGGACCGUGUUUUCGGCUCUCUCUUGAUGGAAUAUGGAAAAAGCUAACCCGUUUCCUUCGGAAAGAGUGGACGCACUCGGGAAAAAUUCAGAAAACAUCAAGACCUUACGCUUCGAGCUCUCCCUUACGGAAAGCGACGAGAAAAAGUGCCCGGAGUUUUCGUUUCUGGACCUCGUAAAGGCCGCUACGACCAAUGGUACUCCGGAUAAACCUCCGUGGGACGAUGAGGGAGACGACGACGAAAAACUAAAAGCUUUGGCCAAAAAGUUUGAAGAGAAAUAUGCCCCUAAACCGAAAAAGCGUAGGAAAGAUCGGAUGGAGGAUUUGAUUGAUGUCACUUAUGGUUAUGACGAGACAGACCCUUUUGUCGAUGAUAGUGAGGCUUAUGAUGAGCUGCUACCGGCUGACUGGACAACAGAGCAUGGUGGCUUCUAUAUUAAUCAGGGUACAUUGAACUUCAGACCUGCAUCCCCAGGAGGUGAUAGUGAUGAAGAAGACUUUAAGAAAGCAAAGAAGGUUAAGCUUAAAUCUCCUAAGAAAAUUCCCAAAGUGCCUAAAGUCAAGAAAGUGAAGGACCCUAGUGAAAAGAAAGAAAGGAAAAAAUCAGACAAGGAAAAGAAACCACGGAAGAGCUCAAGUGGUGAAAAGGACAAAGAGAAGAAAUCCAAAAAGAAGCACAAUAUUGGGAGUGCCAACAACUCAAACUUGUCAUCAUCUCCAACCACUGCAAAAGCUUCUGCAACUUCCACAGCUACUUCUUUAAAUUCUUCUUCAACUCCUACUCUGAAUUCACAAGGAGCAAAUGGUCCAAUAACAAACCAUUCAUCUCCAGCCAAAUUACCAAAUGCUCCACAGGUCACCAAUCUUGGAGCUCUUAAAACUGAACCAGGCACUUCCACUCUGGUGAAUGGUGACAGCAGUGUUGCAAUGACAGAAAAUGUAGGAAGUGCACCAACUGAUAAAGGUGCUAGUUCUUCACCUUCUUCUUCGUUGCAAAAUGGAAUCCAACCUGCAGAGGGCAACUCAGUAGAACCAAAUGCAGAACCAAGCACAGAACCAAAUCUUCCUCAGUGUUUGCCGGCAGAUGUAGAGAGUUGUAUAUUGAGACUAAAGCAGGCAGGAAGCGGAAGUAUGAAAGGGAAGUGCAAGUUUUUCAACACUGAUGUCAACCAUAUGUUACUUGAACUCGCAACCAAAUCAGUAACGCUUAGCAGCAAAGUUCGAACGGGCAUAUAUGAAUUUUUAGCUUUCUAUCUGCCAUGCACGAAGGAAACUUUGAUAAAGAGAGCAAAGAAACUUUUGUUGAAUGAUCUGGCCGGUAGACUGAGAGAGCCAAUGGCUAAACUCAAAGCAGCUGUAGAUCGUGUCAUACCAGAACAGAUUAAAAGAUUUGAAGAAGAAGUCAAAAAACAUGUGGAAGAGGAAAGCCAGAAACAAAGUAGUGCAAAACAAGAUGGAGAAAAUUCAGAAGAUCAUAAGAAGGAACUUUUUAAAUCUGCAAUGGAGCUGGAUGAAGAUACAGAGAAAAGUGAUGAAAUUACCACUCCCACAGAUCCUAAUGCACCUGCUCAGCCAGAAGACAAAGCAAAGAAAAAUGUUCCAAAGCGAAAGUUUGUUUGGACAGAAGAAUUGAGGAAUCUAUUAUGUGAUGUUGUUCAAAUGAAAAUCAAAAUCUUUGAAAUGUCAAAGACUAGAGCACAAUCUUCUGAGGACCAGUUGAAGCUGUUCUUUGAAAAUGAUGUACGGCCACUUUGGCCAAAGGGCUGGAUGACAAGCAGAAUACUCUUCAAAGAAAGCAAGCAGGCACACUUAAAGUACACCCUUGUUUCAGCUAAAGUCCCUAAGAAAGCUCCUGGCCCUAAGAAACAAGGGGAAUCUCCAGAGGCUCACCAGAGUAUCAGUCUCCCCAAUCAAACUAGUCAGAAUUCUGGCAGCACUGAUAUUAAGGACAUACCAAGUGCCACUUCCUCAGUGGUAGGCAUUGGAAGUCCUUCUGCAGUCACAUCACCAGCGCGUGCACCAUCAUUGACCACAACAAAAGCAGUGAUAACUAUGUCAGCUUUGAAGAAUCUUGCUCAGUCAGACCAGUUAAUCCCCAAUGUGGUAGCCCCUACUUCUGCGAUAACUGUGCAAAAACCUAUUGUUACCACUGCUAGUGUAACAAAAAUGGAAAGCACCGCUGUGAGCAGGGCAGGACCUGAACAGAAAACCCAAUCUGCUCCAACAAUGGCAGGAUUAAAUCUUCCAAAGAAGGAGCCAGCCAUGAAGUCACCAUCAUUGUCAUCAGACAACCUUCAGUCAAAGCCUGCUCUCACUAUAUUAGACUUUGCAGAUAUGAUUCUUCCAGGGGGACAAGCAGUCGCAACAAAAUCUCUUCAACUUCCACAGACAGUACCUCCAAAGCAACAGUUAGGUUCAUUUCUUAACAAGACACCCGCAUCACCUAAGGAGAAGCCACGAGACCAACCCUUAAGUCAUAUGCCUAGUUCUGUAGUCACAUCAACAAUAUCAGUCCCAGUUCAGUCAUCCACAAUUUCACCUGCACGCACUCAAAUCACAAUGUCGUCCCCCCCAAAGAUCAUUCGCUCCUCCCCUGCCAUUGUUCAGAGUUCCAGUACAAGUCAGCAAGGAUUAAUGGCAGCAACUGUUGGUGGCCUUGCUGCUCAAGGUUUGCAAAACAGCUUUAUUGACCUGGCGUCUUCAUUGAGACAGCAACAAACCCCAGUCUCUUUGGCCACAUCAAGUCCAACAAUUUUGGAUUCUGCUUCUCAAAGAAGACCUGAUCUCAAGAGCUGCCAAGCAGUACAUCCAGGUUUUAACCCAGGUUUGUCACCUCAACCCAUUACCAUGUCUUCAAAUUCAGCCGUUGCUUCACAAGUGCUCCUGCAACCUCAACCUUCCAACCUCACCUUGUUUAAUGCUGCAGCUGUCAAUCUUCAAGGCAAAGGCACCACACCUUUAACCCACAUUGGAUUUGUGUCACCCAAUCUGCAGUCUGCUAUGCUACACCACUUGUCACGACAGUCGCAGGAACAAUCUGGCUUGGCUCUGCAACAGAAUCACUUCAAUCAAGUUCUCUUGGGGAUGAACCCAACGGCCAAUCAGACCGUGCCCACCUUACAGCUUCCCCAUGGUGCCCUGUUGUCCAAUCAGCCCGUCUAUCAAGAUCCAAACCAAUCUUCCUCAAGUGGAACUCAUCCAUCACCAUUCUUACCUCGCUUCAGCUAAUUUUGUAAUAUUAACAGAUACACAGAAUUCCUUGUACAGAUUUUUCACAUUUCUACCUAUUUUAUACAUGAAUGCAAUGGCAUUGUGACUAUCAUAAAUGCAAAGGAACCUUUCCCUAAAAUAUAUAGGUAGAUUGUUAUAUUAUUGCUGUGUCAUAAAUGUUUGAGUGGGAAUCAUAGGUUUGCAUGUAUUUUAACUGCUAAAUUCCCAUCAGAUUCAUUUCCAAUCUCUCAUAAAGCAUCUGUACAUAAUUAAUCAAGCUAGUGUGUUUUAAGAAUUGCUAAAAUGAUUGCUUAAAGCAAAAUAAUCUCUUCAUAUCAAAACUUUUUUUCCAAUGCACCACACAACGUAAAUAUUACAGUUAGGUGUACUUGAAAAUGGAUAUAGUUUUCACUUUCUCCAUUUUGUUGUACACUUAAAAACACUUCAAUGGCAAACGUGGCAUACUAGUGCACAAAAAUAUACAAGGAAUAGCUUAAUAAACUAUUUCCUGAAAUUAAGGGUUACUUUUGUCAUUCAUGAAAUAAUUUGAAUUUUGACAGACAACUCACACUGAUGUUGCAAUUCAACAUCAGGUCAAAGGCUAACAUAAAGCGCAGUAGUCAUAGUUAAUAUAAUCAUUAUCAAAGAUAGUUGUUGAAUUUGCUUAAGUUUAAUAUUGAACACUGAAAGAAAUACUCAGCACAAUGUGAACACAAUUGUACCUUGCCGCACUUGAGAUUUUGUUUAAAAAAAAACCAUUAAUUUCUUUCUCUAAUAUGCUACCUGUAGCAAGAAAAUUUUGUGAGUUAUAUUCCAUGGAUGGGAAAUUUUUUGGGUUUUAUUGGAAAACAACUUGAUGGAGACUUCUGCAAACUAAUCUUUUUGAUUUUCUGUUGAAGAAACAGACAAGAAAGGAACCAUAUUUACUCUAGAGUUUAUUCCAUGUUGAGUCAUACAGAAGAGACCUGGAGUAGAUGGUUCAUUCAGAUAUAUUGAGUAAAUCCAAAUACCAAGACUUUAAAAGACAUAUCCCUGCUUGCAAAGUUCUUGGUUGGACUGGAGAUGGUUAAUUUUUGCAACAUUCUAUUCAGUGGAAUUCUUUUCUGCAUGAACCUAAUUGUGCCUUUCAAGAACAGAAUACAUGGUAGAAACACUUCUGAAUCAGUUUCUAUUUUAUUCUUUAAACCAUAAUUCAAAUUUACCAUAAAUAGUGUAAAUACACUUCUAGGCUCACAUUUAAUAUCUAGGUUUGUGAUUAUCCAAUGUGAAGGCACUAUCCUUGUUCUUUGGUGUCAAUAUUGAAAAUAACUUAUUUUUCCAAAUAUUUACUAAAAAUUCUUUAUGGGAAUAAACUUGAUACUAGCUUUAUAGCUGACUACUGUAAAUUUUUCCCAGCUUUUGAAUACAGCCAGCAAUUAGAGAAAACAGCUAGAAAAAUAAAAUAUUUGCACACAAAACA